UGGAGGCGGCCAUUAGAGCCGCCAGAAACUUCUAGCUUGUCCUUCUUCGCAAAUCGUACCUACCCCUUCCUGUCUUCUUCAUCUUUAUUUCAGUACAUUCGAAUCCGGAAGGGAACUGCUCAUUUCAUUUUGGUGAUUUUUGAAUCAAAUUACAGAAAUUUGAUACGCAGUUGUUCAAGAUGUGGAACCGAACGUUCGGAAAAACCGAAACCGACGUGGAGUCGGGGUCGAGUGAACCGCUGUAUCCGACGAUGGUGGAGUCACCAGAUCUCCGGUGGUCUUUCAUCCGCAAGAUAUACACGAUUGUCGCCAUACAACUACUUCUUACAGCUGUUGUUGGUGCUAUUGUCGUCUCUUAUCAUCCGAUCGUCAUUUUCCUCACUACCACGAGAGGCGGAUUCGCUUGUUACAUUCUUAUCAUAAUUACUCCAUUCAUAAUUCUGUGCCCUUUGUCUUGCUAUUAUCAGCGGCAUCCUGUGAAUUAUGUGCUGCUAGGGAUCUUCACCAUCGCCCUUGCUUUUGGUAUUGGCUUGUCAUGUGCUUUCACUAGCGGGAAGGUGAUUCUGGAAGCAGUGAUUCUAACAGCUGUGGUGGUUGUGAGUCUGACUUUAUUCACAUUUUGGGCGGCAAAGAGAGGAUCCGACUUCAAUUUCUUGGGUCCUUUCUUAUUUGGUGCUCUUAUGGUGCUUAUCGUAUUCUCCAUCAUUCAGAUAUUUUUCCCUAUGGGAAAGAUUGGAGUGAUGAUAUAUGCUGGUGUUUCUGCUAUAGUCUUUUGUGGUUACAUUGUGUAUGACACCGAUAAUUUGAUUAAACGAUACUCAUAUGACGAAUACAUCUGGGCUGCUGUGGCUUUGUACCUUGAUAUCAUCAAUCUUUUCAUUUCCUUGCUCACUAUACUCAGAACCGUUGAUAGAUAAACACAUACACACAAACAUUUGGUAUGAACUUGUUGAAAAAGACUUUGCUUCAUUAUUGUUGUAACAUUUGAAUAUUGUUGAUGAAUUAGUUUGUUGUUGUAAGUUGUAAGGUUAGGAAGUAGUUGGACUUUGUGGUUUGUGAGAACACAACGGGGAAUAUUCUUUUUUCCCAUGUCAUAGAAAGGAAGAAAUUUUAAGUUGAAUAUAUGAAUGAGUGCUGAUUUGGUCUA